AAGCCGCCAAGUCUAGCGUCCCCUUAACCAAAAACAAUACUAUCACUCGUUUCUUUUCUCCCCUUCGCCUGAGAGUUUUGCUUCUCCAAUUCCGCCGGAGAAUUUCGCCGUCAAAUUCUCCGGCGUGUAACCGCCGCCGUUGGUACUGCCCUUUCACUUCUUCUCUUCAUUCUUCACCAAUAUCAAGAUUUCGACUUGAUGGAAAAUCUCAAAGCCCCUUUCCGGGGUAUUGCCAACGAUGUCCGGGGAAGAUCUUCAUGUUAUAAGCAAGAUUGGAUUGUUGGUCUUCGUUCAGGAAUUGGGAUUUUGGCUCCAACCACGUACAUCUUCUUUGCUUCUGCCCUUCCUGUUAUUGCAUUCGGUGAACAACUGAGCAGAGACACAGAUGGAAACUUGAGCACGGUGGAAACUUUGGUUUCUACUGCAAUUUGUGGUGUAAUACACUCGAUUUUUGGAGGCCAACCUCUUCUGAUCCUAGGAGUUGCAGAACCUACAGUUAUUAUGUACACCUAUUUGUACAACUUCGCCAAAGGGAGGGAUGAUUUGGGACGUGGAUUGUUUUUGGCUUGGGCGGGAUGGGUUUGUGUUUGGACGGCACUUUUGCUGUUUCUACUGGCAAUAUUCAAUGCCUGUGGUGUGAUCAAUAGAUUUACAAGGAUUGCAGGAGAACUUUUUGGCAUGUUGAUUGCCGUCUUAUUCAUUCAAGAGGCUAUCAAGGGUGUGGUGAGCGAGUUCGAAAUUCCAAAAGCUGAAGACCCAAAUUUGGAGAAGUAUAAAUUCCAGUGGCUAUAUGCAAAUGGACUACUGGGGAUCAUAUUCACUUUUGGUCUUCUCUAUACUGCUUUAAAGAGCAGAAGGGCAAGGUCAUGGUUUUAUGGCACAGGGUGGUUGAGAAGUUUUAUUGCAGAUUAUGGAGUUCCUCUAAUGGUUUUGGUGUGGACAGCCUUGUCAUUCAGCGUACCGAGCAAAGUUCCCUCUGGAGUUCCUAGAAGUCUCUUUAGCCCUCUUCCCUGGGAAUCUUCAUCUUUACAACACUGGACCGUGAUUAACGAUAUGGGAAAGGUUUCUCCUGUAUACAUCUUUGCAGCCUUUAUUCCCGCUGUUAUGAUCGCUGGGCUCUACUUUUUCGACCACAGCGUCGCUUCGCAGAUGGCACAACAAAAGGAGUUCAAUUUGAAGAAUCCUUCAGCUUACCAUUACGACAUCUUGUUGCUUGGCUUCAUGACGCUACUUUGUGGACUACUGGGCCUGCCUCCAUCUAACGGGGUCCUUCCUCAAUCGCCUAUGCACACAAAGAGCCUCGCAGUUCUCAAGGGGCAGCUGAUUCGGAGGAAAAUGGUAGAGAGUGCCAAGGAAAGCAUAAAGCAGAAAGCCAGCAACUCCGAAAUCUUUGGCCAAAUGCAAGCUGUGUUCAUUGAGAUGGACAUCAGUCCAGAAACUACUGCAGUUGUUAAAGAGCUUCAAGACUUAAAGGAGGCAGUGAUGAAAAGUGAAAACCAAGACGAGAAUGCAAAGGGCGCAUUCGAUCCAGAGAAGCACAUUGAUGAGUACCUUCCCGUCCGAGUUAACGAGCAGAGAGUAAGCAAUCUUCUACAGUCGCUUCUUGUUGCAGCAUCGGUAUGCGCCAUGCCUGCAAUAAAGAAGAUUCCCACAUCAGUUCUCUGGGGAUAUUUCGCCUAUAUGGCCAUCGACAGUCUCCCUGGAAACCAGUUUUGGGAAAGGAUGCUUCUCCUUUUCAUCACUCCCGGCCGCCGAUACAAGGUCUUGGAAGGGGUUCAUGCUUCGUUUGUGGAAUCAGUGCCAUUCAAAUACAUUGCAAUAUUUACCAUAUUCCAAUUUGUGUAUUUCCUGUUGUGCUUUGGAGUGACAUGGAUUCCUAUAGCUGGAAUAUUGUUUCCCUUGCCAUUCUUCCUUCUCAUCAGCAUACGACAACAUCUUCUUCCCAAGCUGUUUCGACCACACCAUCUGAGAGAAUUGGAUGCAGCUGAAUAUGAAGAAAUCACUGGCGCUCCAAGGCGCUCUCUCAGCCUCUCUUUCAGUGAAAGAGAAACGCCACGUGUUGGAAACGAGGAAGGCGGGGUUGAAAUUAUGUGUGAUGCUGAGAUAUUAGAUGAGUUAACAACCAGCAGAGGAGAAGUCAGAGUAAUUAGAAGUGUUAGUUUCAGUGAAGACAGAAGUUGUCUGAUUCAUCCUGAUGGUGUUGCGGGAACAGAGUGAAAAGAAGAGUUGAACUUGAAUAGAAGUUGACAUUAUAACAAAAGAGAAAGAAAGAUGAGAGGAAUUGUAUUUGUGUAUCUGAGUGUUAACGAUAUUAAUUUAAAAUAGUUAGGAUUAGUUAUUUGGUCUCUUUAUUAGUAAGGAUAGAUUAGUCUUUUAGUAUUAUGCUUGUAUGGCUAUAUAGGCUAUAUAAACCUCUCUUUGUCGAUGAAUUAGGUUCUCUCUCAUUGCAAUAGAAUUUUAGUGUUACGAUUUUCUUUUAUUUUUUUCUUUUAUUUUCUUUUUCUAUUUUGUAUUGGGUAUUUCUCACAUGGUAUCAAAACAAUGAUCUUUAUGGGAUUGAGAUUAAA